UGCUUAGAGAUCCUCCGGCUGCGCGCUCUCCGGCUGCCUUCGGAGCGGGAGGCAGGAGAGGCCUGGGCCUCAGACGCCGUCGAGCCGCCCGUCCCUGGCACGGAAGAUGCCGGAGAUGGACAGGGGAAGAGUGGAUUGCGCCUCUUCGCGGCCGCUCAGGACUCCCGCGCCUAGCCCGGCCCCAUCGCGGCUGGCCGCGGCCCCCGCCGGGGCUCAAGGGACCCAGACCCGCUUCAGCCAGGAGCCAGCUGACCAGACUGUGGUGGCCGGGCAGCGAGCCGUGCUCCCUUGCGUGCUGCUCAACUACUCUGGUAUCGUGCAGUGGACCAAGGAUGGGCUGGCCCUGGGCAUGGGACAGGGCCUCAAAGCCUGGCCGAGGUACAGGGUCGUGGGCUCCGCGGACGCCGGGCAGUACAACCUGGAGAUCACAGAUGCCGAACUCUCUGAUGACGCCUCUUACGAGUGCCAGGCCACGGAGGCCGCCCUGCGCUCCCGGAGGGCCAAGCUCACCGUGCUCAUUCCCCCAGAGGACACCCGGAUUGAUGGAGGCCCCGUGAUCCUGCUGCAGGCAGGCACCCCCCACAACCUCACAUGCAGAGCCUUCAACGCCAAGCCUGCCGCCACUAUCAUCUGGUUCCGGGACGGAACGCAGCAGGAGGGUGCGGUGGCCAGCACGGAGCUACUGAAGGAUGGGAAGAGGGCGACCACCAUCAGCCAGCUGCUCAUUAACCCAACUGACCUGGAUAUCGGGCGUGUCUUCACCUGCCGCAGCACAAACGAGGCCAUCCCUGGUGGCAAGGAGACUUCCAUUGAGCUGGACGUGCAUCAUCCUCCGACUGUGACCCUGUCCAUUGAGCCUCAGACAGUGCAGGAGGGAGAGCGUGUGGUCUUCACCUGCCAGGCCACAGCCAACCCUGAGAUCCUGGGCUACAGGUGGGCUAAGGGGGGUUUCUUGAUUGAAGAUGCCCACGAGAGUCGCUAUGAGACAAAUGUUGAUUAUUCCUUCUUCACGGAGCCUGUGUCUUGUGAGGUGCACAACAAAGUGGGGAGCACCAAUGUCAGCACUUUAGUAAAUGUCCACUUUGCCCCCCGUAUUGUAGUGGACCCCAAGCCCACGACCACAGACAUCGGCUCUGAUGUGACCCUCACCUGUGUCUGGGUUGGGAAUCCCCCCCUGACCCUUACCUGGACCAAAAAGGACUCGAACAUGGGGUCCCGGCCUCCUGGCUCCCCACCCGAGGCUGCUCUCUCUGCCCAGGUCCUGAGUAACAGCAACCAGCUGCUGCUGAAGUCGGUGACCCAGGCAGAUGCCGGCACUUACACCUGCCGGGCCAUCGUGCCUCGGAUUGGAGUGGCUGAGCGGGAGGUGCCGCUCUACGUGAACGGGCCCCCCAUCAUCUCCAGCGAAGCCGUGCAGUAUGCUGUGAGGGGUGACGGUGGCAAGGUGGAAUGCUUCAUUGGGAGCACACCCCCGCCAGACCGCAUUGCGUGGGCAUGGAAGGAGAACUUCCUGGAGGUGGGGACCCUGGAACGGUACACGGUGGAGAGGACCAACUCCGGCAGCGGGGUGCUGUCCACGCUCACCAUCAACAACGUCGUGGAUGCCGACUUCCAGACCCACUACAACUGCACCGCCUGGAACAGUUUCGGGCCGGGCACAGCCAUCAUCCAGCUGGUAGAGCAAGAGGUGCUGCCCGUGGGCAUCAUCGCUGGGGCCACCAUCGGUGCAGGCAUCCUGCUUAUCUUCUUCUUCAUCGCCCUGGUGUUCUUCCUCUACCGUCGUCGCAAAGGCAGCCGCAAGGAUGUGACCCUGAGGAAGCUGGACAUCAAGGUGGAGACAGUGAACCGAGAGCCACUCACCAUGCAUUCUGACCGGGAGGAUGACACUGCCAGCAUCUCCACGGCAACCCGGGUCAUGAAGGCCAUCUACUCGUCCUUUAAGGAUGAUGUCGAUCUGAAGCAGGACCUGCGCUGUGACACCAUCGACACCCGGGAGGAGUAUGAGAUGAAGGACCCCACCAACGGCUACUAUAAUGUGCGUGCACACGAAGACCGCCCAUCCUCCAGGGCAGUGCUGUAUGCUGACUACCGUGCCCCUGGCCCUACCCGCUUCGAUGGUCGCCCCUCGUCCCGUCUGUCCCACUCCAGUGGCUAUGCUCAGCUCAACACCUACAGCCGGGCCCCUGCCUCUGACUAUGGCCCUGAGUCCGCACCCCCUGGCCCGGCUGCCCCAGCUGGCACCGACACCACCAGCCAGCUGUCCUACGAGAACUAUGAGAAGUUCAACUCCCAUCCCUUCCCCGGGGCAGCUGGGUAUCCCACUUAUCGACUGGGCUACCCCCAGGCUCCCCCUUCAGGCCUAGAGCGGACCCCAUAUGAGGCAUACGACCCCAUUGGCAAGUACGCCACAGCCACACGGUUCUCAUACACUUCCCAGCACUCGGACUAUGGCCAGCGGUUCCAGCAGCGCAUGCAGACUCACGUGUAGGGGCCAGAGUGCCGGGGGCCUCUUCAGGGCAGAGGAGAAGGCUUUCACAGCGGUUCCCUGAUAUUCAGGGGCAUUGCUCCUUGCUCCCUUCUCGGACCAGCCUUCCUCCUCCUGCCGUGACAGAUGUGGAGCGGGUCUCCCAGAAACACCCCGUCCCGAGGAUGGUGCUCUGUGCAUGCCCCAGCCUCCCGGGCCUGCCUCCCCUCUUCUUCGGGAGGAGGUGUCUCUUCUGACCUGUGCUCUUGCCUGACCCCAGCACGAGGACAGGGAAAGUGAAGGUUGGGGAGAGCGGGGGCACUUUUUAGCAUUCUCUUCCUACCCGCCCCUCUGGUCUCCCGUAAGUGGACAGAGGAGGAUGCAGGGGUGGGCAGGCUUCGGCCCAAGGCGCGUGAAGUACGCGAGUGGGUGGCUUUGGCACAGACAGGUGGAAAGCGGGACAACUCAGCCAAUCCCUUCCUCUGCUGUCUGCAUUCAUACCCGGGAUGCAUCUCCCUCCUCGGAGGACUGCAGAAGGGACCCUCCAUUUAGUUUAGCUCUUGUCUACGAACAGCCCUAGCACUCAGUUCAGCUGGGGUCAAAAUGCCAGUCACUCUGGUGUCACUGGACGUCUGUCCAGAGGGAUUCAGAAAUUCUCAGUAGUGCUUCCCCCUUUCCUUCUCUAUGCUGGGCCAGCCAAAUAGGCCAGGGUUUUGGUGGAGAAAGAAAGUAGGACCAUGCCCUGACGGACCAGCAGGAGGCCACUGUGCACUGUUUUGCUGCUUCCAGAACCAAGACUAGAUGGAGCCCCACAAGCACCCUUCUCUCCCCAGUGUGCCCUGCUAACUGGCUUUAUCUUGAGCCCACUAUGGAAUGAUAGGUUGUGGUAGGUAGGCUGUUUUUCAAAGGCAAUGAAAACCUCCCUUGGAAAGAAACGCUGUAGGGGUUCCCCCACCCAAGUACAGAUCCCAGUGGAGAGGAAAGAGGCCAUCUGUUCUCCUCCACCAGGUUCCUCUCAUCCUGCAUUACCCGUGUCUAAGCACUUUGAGCCCAUUUUGUACAUUCAGGUGGUAAGUAAGACCUGUCGCAGGCAGGUGGGCUCCAUGGAGGUAGGGAAGGGCUGGCAGCCUCUGCUGUCCUACCUUACGCUCACUGGCUGGUUGGAGCCUACCUUCCAGAAGGCCUGAGAGAUGUUCUCUCCAGACAGGUUCUGGUUUAAGUGUCUUUUUCUUUUUGGACCAAUCAUAUUUCUUCCACUUUCAGUGCCUUGAGUGUCAUGCUUUGGACAACCGUCCCUGUGGGUGGUCAUGUAGGGAGCAAGUACCUGUGAGCCUCAAACAGGCUGCCAAGUGUUACGGUGUUGAAGGAGAGACGGGAGAGGGCUGGAAAUGGCCCCGACGGAGGAGGUGGCCAGGAGGGCACUGCAGGCAUUCUUCGCCUGCACUUCCUUGCCCCAUACCCGCAUGCACAUGCACCCCCACACAUUCCAGCCAUCACUUCCCAGCUGCCACCUCUGACCAAAGAGAGCAGGCACUCCAAAGAGGACCUGCCCCCUGCCCUGGCCUCACCUCCCCAAGAAGCCACACCUGGAGUUGGCUCUUCACCGCCCCGUCGCUGCCGGCACAGGGGCUGGGGGCCUCCAGGCAAUUCCCAGAAUGCUCCUUGCCCUUUCUUGGUGAUCACCAUUCAUUAGUCAUGUUCGCUUUAAUGAGUUACAUGCUCAUCAGCCACGGGCCAUCACCGCCCUUACAGAUGGGUCUGUGGGGUGACAUUCUCAGCCAUCCCCUUGCUAGUAAGGACCAGAUGAUACCCAGGAAGCGCACAGUUCCAAUUCCAGCCUGGCAGGCAGCCUCCACAGCCCCCUCCCCAUCCGUGGGACAGUCCCUACCUGGGCCCAUUGCAGGAUCGCAGCUGUGCUCAGUCCCUGGGAAAUCAUACCUUCCUGCAGAGUCCUUUCAGGGGAGCUCAGCCACAAGGUCUGUUAACAGAUGCGGGUUCCUAUGCAGAUACUCUCAUGCCAGUUUUCAUUUUCAUGGAUGCUAGAAGCCAUGCAUAAUCCAAAUAAUUUAAGCCUAAAUAUGGCUUUUUAAAUGGGAAUAUCUUCCAAGAUACUCGUUUUUAUUUUGAACCUGGCCACAUUUUCCUAUUUUCUUGUUGGUUGAAGUACUGGGUCUUUCUGUUGAAAAGACGACAAGGAAGUGCCAGUAUCACUAGGUAACUCAGCCAGCCAGUACUUAGUGCCCUGGGAGAAUUGCUGAGAAGGAAAGUGAUGGCUGAAGCUGUUCUCUGUUCCACCACACUUGCCCUGGGGCCGGCUGGGUACACCAUGCAAGGCACAGCAAAGCAGCAGCAACCAGGGCAGACUCAGCCCUCUGUGAAUUACACACUGCGCCAUCAGAAUAGGAGGUAGGGUCUGCCUGUGUGGGGAGUUAAAGGUGUCUGAGGCUGGCAUCAUCCAGCAUGGUGGUACUCCAGGAUUUGGUGUCUCGAUCACCACUGGUGAUACUGCCUUGGGGGCGGGGGGAAGCUACGGAUCUGUUCUGAAGCUGCUGUUUACUGAGUGACCGUGGCCCAUCCUCUAUGUUCGUUGCCUCUUAACUUUCCGGCCUGCGAAAUAAGGGGAAAGGCUUGCAUGAAGUUAGAACUGUUCUGUUUGGGCGCUACUUGUUUGAAGAGAUGUGAUAGGGGCCUGCCCUUUUGUGUCUGGGGAGCUAAGGGGUUCACCUCUUGGAAGAAGCUUUCAUGAUAGGUUUCACUGUCUUGUCAGAAGUGUGAGUUAAUUUCCACCAGGAGCCCCUUUGUUACAAAGAGCCACUUUAAACCCAAGUGGAACCAGACGGUGCCGCUUCCCAUGCAGUUCUGAUCGGUUCGCAGAGGUGUCUGGGCGGGGCAUGGUGAACAGUCCCUUAACUGUGUAUCCAGAUUUUGGUCGCCUGCAGUGGGAGAUGUUGAAGCAGGCACCCUCCACUUGGUCCUCAGAAUAUUCCCCUGCCCCAGGGACAACUCACAGUGCUGACCUAGCAAGGUGAAGCUAGCAGUUCCAGGAGUCUUGAGCCAGUUAGGGAGCAGGUUAGAUGGGCAGCCGGUAGAGGGAAGAGGGGUACAAUGAUUUUGCUCUGGAUUUCCAAGAAGCUCUUGUGACUUGGUGAGUCAUGGCCUCUUUGCUUGUGGAGGGGCCAGCCUACACCCCAAGUUCUAGAACCAACCCUCAAAGUCUAACCAGAGUAUGCAUGAAACAAAAUCCAUCCUAAGUGAGAAAGGACAGUAGCCAGAGGAGAGAGCAGCACCAGCCUCACAAAUGCCUGGCUUGGAACGAAAACUAGGCGGUAUACUGUCUUAGUCCCAGCAGUUGCUACCUCCAGAUGGUGUGCAGUGCCCCAGAGCUUGCCCUCAUACUGUGUUGCUAAACUGGCUGCUCUACCAGGAGACACCAGACCUGGGCUCCACGUGGAAUCCCACAGGCUCACUGUACACUUGACCCCACAUACAUGGCAGUGUUUCACCAUCGGGGUUUGAAAAAGCACACGUGAAAACCAGACCCACUGGGGGUGAACUGGCUCAGUCCCUGCUUCAUUCUGCGCCAUUCUUUUGCUGAACCCCAGGACCUCCCAAAGCCGCACUGGGCUUGGAAAGCCUGGUUGUCUGUGGUGUUAGUGCUCUGUGGUCUGAGCCAUUUCACUGCCCUGUGCCUCGCAGGCCACUCUGCAAGUUCAGUCACCAGAGAACUAGUGAAGCUCCUGACCCUGGAGAGCCCAGUGAAGAGGUGACAAUGGAACACGGAAGUGCACAGACCAAGUGGUGUCAUUUAUGUCUGGGGAGAACGUAUAAAAUCAGCAUUUGGAUAGCCCAUUCCUUUUCCCCUACCUCCCUUCAUCCUCCCAAGGUGCUUCUCAAGGCCAGACUCUGAGUGGCAAUGCCUCACUUGGUCCUGACACUACCUCUGGGCUAAAGAAGAGGACUGAGCUGUGUUGCUUGGGAUAUUUCUGAAUUGAAGUUGGGGAGCAAAAUCUCAUUUUCUUGUAUCACUGUGAGGGAGCUCCAGCCCUGUCCCUGGAGAAAUAAUUGCUGUGUAGAAGUCACAGGUCCUACUGGGCAGUUUUGGUACAAGCCUGCCCUUAAUAAUAAUAGUAGCUCGGUGUGCUGUCCACCAUCCCUGGCUUUCGGCCGGCCCUGCCCACUGGCCUCGGUUAGGUGGUGAGCUAGGGUUCUUCUCUUGGUUUCUGGGGCUCUUCACAUGCAGCCCCUGGGACCUUCUGGACCCUGGGGGAGACAGCAGCCAGAGUGUCAUCACAACCAAACUCUUGGCGCGUUCCCCUUAGCCAUAGUGCUGCAGAAGAUCCUGCUGCCUCUGCUUUCACCAGGAAGAGUUUCCAGGACUCCUUGUGGUCAUAUUUUCUACCCCAGCCAUUCCUGGGAAUGUUUCUGCCUCCAGUUGACUUUUCUCCACCCAAAUCCCAAUGAUAAGUGGACCCAUGAUGGUAAUUAAAAGGAGAGAAAAAAAAAUAUUAUUUUUGUUAGGACAAACCAUCGUAGAUUUUUAGCAAUGUGUAUCUGCGUGUCCCUCACACCUUUUCCUAUUCUGCCUUUUUUUUUCUUUUUUUUUAAAUAUUAUGUACUAUAUUUUUAGUCUCAA